AUGACGACGUGCCGUCUGCUGUGCGCCCUGUUGGUGCUUGCCCUGUUCUGCUGCUCGUGUGUCUGUACGACAGCUAGUAUGAAGAUUGAGGAUACUGAACAAUCCGAUUCAGAAACCACUGAGUUAAAGGAUAUGGAAGAACAGCCCGGUGGCGGACAGGAUCCAAAUGCGGGUGCUGCUACGCAACAGUCAGAAAAUGCGGUGUCCGGUGCGGGAGAGGUUUCAGAAGGAAUCUCCGGUCAGUUAAAGGGACCCGAUGAGGACAUUGCGGGAGGAGGUGGAAAAACAGCCGAUAAGGAAAUAAAACCAAAUACGACGACCACAACUACGACGACCACAAAGGCACCAACUACAACUACGACUACAGAGGCACCAAGUAAUACGGCCAUGAAUGCAGAGACGUCAACCACGACGACCACCCGCGCACCGUCACGUCUUCGCGAAAUCGACGGCAGCCUCAGCAGCUCUGCGUGGGUGUGUGCCCCGCUGCUGCUCGCCGCAUCCGCGCUGGCGUGCACCGCUGUGGGCUGA